UCUUUUCCUUUGCUUUUAAUCGACCAGUGUGGUGAGGUCGGGGGGUUUAUCUAGGGUUCAUAUCGUUCACAGUUGGGUUGGAAAUUCUUGAACCAAUGGCGAAGCCGAGCAGAGGCCGUCGGUCGCCCCCAUCAGGCUCCAAUUCAGGCUCAUCUUCACGGUCGCGUUCAUACUCCGGCUCGUCGUCUCGCUCCACUUCUCGCUCGCGUUCGUAUUCUCGGUCCCCUUCGGUUUCUCGCUCCCCAUCUCGUUCCAGGUCUAUCUCCACCAGUUCCUCUCCUUCUCGCAGCGCUAGUUCUCGCAGCCGAACCCCACCUCCUAGGAAAAGUCCUGUUGAAACAGCUAGGCGUGGUCGAUCUCCACCACCACAAUCUAAAAAAGCUUCACCGCCUCCAAGGAAAGCUUCUCCUUCUACUCAUGAGUCGCUUGUUCUUCAUAUUGAUGCACUUACCAGGAAUGUGCAUGAAGGCCAUCUGAAAGAAAUUUUCAGUAACUUUGGUGAAGUUGUUCAUGUUGAGCUGGCAAUGGAUCGAACUGUCAAUUUGCCGAAAGGAUAUGGAUAUGUUGAGUUCAAGACGAGAUCCGAUGCUGAAAAAGCACAAUUGUACAUGGAUGGUGCUCAAAUUGAUGGUAAUGUAGUUCGAGCAAGGUUCACAUUACCUCAGAGACAAAAGGUUUCACCUCCUCCUAAAGCUGUUGCCGGUGCUCCGAAGAGAGACAUUUCCAAAUCUGAUAAUGUUAGUGCUGACAAGGAUGGACCUAAGCGGCCAAGAGAACCUUCUCCCCGGCGAAAACCUCCUCCCUCACCACGAAGGAGGUCACCUGUAGCUCGAAGAGGUGGAUCGCCUAGAAGACUGCCAGACUCUCCUCCACGUCGUCGUGCUGAGUCUCCUGUUCGUCGUAGAAUAGAGUCUCCUUAUCGUCGUGGUGAUACGCCUCCCCGCAGGAGGCUUGCAUCGCCACCUAGGGGCCGUUCUCCAUCACCUCCUCCAAGACGGCGGUCUCCUGCUAGCAGAGCCUCUCCUAGAAGGAUGCGUGGCAGUCCUAUUCGUAGACGCUCUCCCCUUCCUCCAAGGCGCCGUUCACCUCCAAGACGGGCUCGCAGUCCUCGAAGGUCUCCAAUUAGCCGUAGACGUACUCGUUCUCCUAUUCGUAGGCCUGCUCGCUCACGUACAAGAUCAAUAUCACCACCGCGAAGGGGUCGAGCACCAGCGACAAGACGUGGGAGGUCAUCAUCAUACUCUGAAUCACCUAGUCCACGGAAGGUAACGCGGCGGGUAUCCCCAAGUCCAAGAAGGCCUUUGAGAGGACGAAGUAGUAGCAAUAGCAGCAGCAGCAGUUCACCACCUCGGAAGCCGUAGCUAAUAUUCCAUCUCUCUCUACCAUUCUGUCUUUCUGCCCCUUUCUUUCCAUUAUCUCUGUAGUAGUAGUAGUAGCCAGUAAUGAAGUGAUAUCAAAAUUCUCUGGCAGAAUCAUCAGAGUUGAUAUUUGUCACUUUUGAAGUUUAUGUAUGAAAGAUCCCGUAUGGUAUUGUCAUUUGGGGAGUUUACAUGCAAAAGAUUCCGUAUUGUAUUUUUUCUGAUUCAUAUGGUGAAGUUUUUGUUUCCUUGCCUUAGUAAA